CUUUUUAUUAUUUUCUUUAUAUCUUCUUUAAAAAGAAUAAACGAAUGAAUGAAUGAAUGAAUGAAUAACUAAAUUAAUUAAUUAAUUAAUUGAACUACUACAGGAGGAGAUCCAUUAGUCAUUGAGCAACCCCGAUUUCUUUGCUUAAAACCGUCUACUUUAUACCUAUCUCUUUUUCCUUCUCCUCUAUUUCUUCGGUUCUUCAGCCUCCAGGAGACAAGAAAAGGAUUAAAUACCAGCUCACAUCGACUGAAUAUGAUGCGUCCGUCGGCGUCUAGUCCGGAUGAGAGCCAGCAUCCUGUCGAGGAUGUCAGGUCCGAGUCAGUAGCCAAAUCCGACCCUCGCAGUGUGUUCUCCGCGGUGUUCGGUUGGAGCAGAAAGCGCCGAGACAACACCCAUGAAGAUGAAGAUGAACGGAGACCCUUACUCGGAUCAAACUCGCCAAUGUCACCGUCACCAUCAUCAUUAUCAUCAUGGUGGAAAACGACAUGGGAUUCGGCACAGGAACUCUGGCUCCAGGGUAAGGGAAUGAUCCUUGUCAUGUUGGCUCAGUUCUUCGGGGCUUCCAUGAAUGUCAUGACUCAAAUUUUAGAAAGAAAGGGAAGGAAUGGAGAAGGGUUUCAUCCGUUUCAGAUCCUGUUCGCCCGCAUGUCCAUCACAGUCAUAGUCAGUUAUCUGUACAUGUGGUACACCAAAGUCCCUCAUCCGUUUGGGACCCGCCCUGUACUUCAUCUUCUUCUGCUUCGUGCAACCGGCGGCUUCUUUGGCGUUUAUGGGCUUUACUACUCCGUUCAAUACCUACCACUGUCAGAAGCCACAGUGUUAACUUUUCUGGCACCUAUCCUUACCUGCUACGCCUGCUCUCUGUUCAUUCCCAAUGAGUCCUUCACACGCAAGCAACAGCUCGCUGGUGUGGUGUCGCUAGUUGGUGUGGUUCUGAUCGCACGGCCUUUCUCGCUUUUUUCAAACGGAAAUCCCCCCGGCAGCGGGGAGCAGCCUGAUUCAGAGGAUGAAUACCACCAUAUUCUAGCAAUCGUCAUGGCGCUCAUGGGAGUCAUGGGGGCGUCUUGCGCGUACUCGACUAUCCGAAUGAUCGGACAACGCUGUCAUCCGCUAGUGUCCGUGACAUAUUUUUCCUCGUUCACGACUAUUGUGUCGACCGUGGCCAUCCUGGUGAUGCCUUCCAUUGCUCUGGAACUACCGGGCACCCCAUUAGAAUGGACGCUGCUCUUGAGCCUUGGUGUUUGUGGGUUCCUGCUGCAGUUCCUCUUGACCGCUGGUCUGUCGUACGUGCCUCCGCCAAGGAAAUCGUCGACGUCGGAACAGCAUCGUCGAUAUGGAAGCGAUGGGAAUGAUGAACCAAAGGCGGAGUCGCGCAGCUCAUCCGGAUCGCGGGCCACGUCUAUGAUAUAUAUGCAGAUGGUCUUUGCUUUGUUUUAUGACCGUGUUGUGUGGGGAAGUACUCUGUCUCUCUUGAGUUGGAUGGGAUCUGGUCUGAUCUUAGGAAGCGCCAUCUAUGUGGCCGUCGUCCGGGAAGCGCCCGCAGCUGCCACUAGGGAAGAUGAGAAUGAGACGAACUGAGUACUACUAGGAAACGGAAACGGAAAUGGA